UCUCCUGUUUCUACACUUGGAGUCCUGUGGUAUAUGUGUUCAGCAAAUGGAUUUUGUAACCCCUUGGAAUGUGUCCUAAGAUUUAGAAGUCUGCUGUUAUAUCAGAAGGUAAUUCUCUUAUAAAAUGUCUCUGUAGUGUUGCCAUUUGGAAACAGUGGUAACCCUUGUAUGCUAGCUGUUUCUACAGAAUUAAUGCUCUUUGUUUUUGCAUUCUAUCUGAGCCUGGGGUCUUCCUUCAGCAAUGUUUGGACCCUUACAGAACCACAAGGGGAGGAGGUUGGAAAAGAGAGGAGUAGGUGGAUCAUGAGAGCAUUGCCAUGAAGCCAGCUCGCUGGAGUAGGAGCAACCCAGGCAGAACAUGCUUUCUUUCUGUUGCUGAGACAGUGCACUGAUCAAAACAAGCCUGGAAAGAAAGUGAUAAUUUGCUUACUCAUUCCCAUCACUUUCUUUUUCAAGAAAGAAAGUCAGAGCGUCUAUCCCUGUGCUCAGUGGUGUGGUGGGCUCUGUGGUGUGGUACAUUCUCUGGCGUUUACACCAAAGGUGAUUUCAGCAGCUGGUGGACUCUAGAUAUACCAAGCAACCUCCAGUGGAAUUUGGGUACCUCCUCAGAGUAAAGGUCAAGAAGCUCCAUGCAGGCUAGUGGGUGGCAGGUAAAGCCUAUUAUUUUUGCUCAACCCAAUAGGCUCAGGUCCAGCUGCUGGUGCAGCUGCCUAGGGCAUCAUCCUCCAGCAGCCUGGGAACUCACCAGGAACAGCAGCUAGCAUAAAGAGAGCCUAGGACUGCUCACUCCCAAGUUCCUGUCCUUGCUGCAGGAGGCACAGGACAGCAUCCUAGAUAUCAAAGCCAGAGCAGAUAACUUGGUUCUGAGUCAAGAGCAAAGAAUUUAUGACACCACCAAAGUCUUUAAAGGAAUUUAUCUAGUUGAAAAAAAUUAAAGAACACAUGUAACUCACGAAGACAUCUGCAAUUGCUUUAAUAAUGAUGCAUGAUUAGCUGUUCAGUGACCUUGUGCUACACAGCUGUAAGUACCUACUCCAGAAAUGCCUUCCUCCAAGUCUACAAAGUCACUGACUCAGCAGAAAUCUACCACAGCUGUUCAGAACCUGACUUAGCAACAUGUUUCUUAAAGAAGCCAGAGUUUCCAGUGGACACCAACUACAGGAAUAGCUUCAGGAUCUACUAGUUCAUCGAUGAACUGAUGUUUUCUGUGUUUCUUUUCUUAUGGUUUGCUCCUACCCCAGAAGAUGGCUAUAAGCUUAAAUUAGAUGAUAAUGAAAGAGUUUGUAAUAUGCCUUAUGUUCAAUAGCACAUUAUUAGAUUCCAUGAAAACUUGGGUCUGUUAUUUUGGGGAUCCAGGAGUUGCCACACAAAGCACAUGGACAUAGAUCUCCAUCAGACAAUGAUAGAUUAUUGAACAUAUUCCUAACGACUGAUCAGUUGGUGCAACAGUUAAGACUGGGGAGCUGAAAGCUGUGCACCGAUACACUAUCGAGAGUCAGUUUGUACAGAGCAAAAACUGUAAUAAGCUCAUAAGCAGAUGUAGGGUGGGCUGCAGGGUGGUCAGCCUUUUUCCAAGUUUUUUAGUAGCUUAGACAUAACAGUCUAAACUAACCUCUAUCUAUCUUGGCUCUGAGUGAAAGCCAUGGUUGGGGAAUUUCCAAGAAGAAAAAAAAAAUGAGCAAGAUACAUGGUAAACCUGACUUUGCUCUGAGCCAAACUAUUUUUUCUUUAUCUAUUGUCAGGCUGCUUUUAUAGUACCAGCAAUAUGGAAUAGCUAGCAGACCUGAAGCAAAAAGGCUAUCAUUAUGCCUGGGAAGUAAUGGCAGGGAAGCAAACCUCUCCCCUUGAGUUGUUCGCUAUAUGGAGUUGAAAAAUGACACACAAAUUUCAAAAUUUAUUCUCCUGGGAAUUUCAGAGGAUCCUCUAUGGCAACCCUUCCUUUUUGGACUAUUUUUGUUCAUGUACCUGGUCACUCUGCUUGGGAACCUGCUCAUUGUCAUUGCCACCAUCACAGAUUCCCAUCUUCACACACCUAUGUACUUCUUCCUUUCCAAUCUGUCUUUUGCUGACAUCUGCUUUACUUCUGUUAGCAUACCGAAGAUGCUAGUGGAUAUACAGACGAAGAAUAAGGUGAUAACAUAUGAAGGCUGCAUUUCCCAAGUAUACUUUUUCAUACUCUUUGGAGUUUUGGACAACUUUCUUCUAGCUGUGAUGGCUUAUGACCGAUAUGUGGCAAUCUGUCAUCCUCUGCACUAUACGGUCAUCAUGAACCACCGCCUCUGUGGAUUAUUAGUUUUAGGGUCCUGGAUCACAACAGCAUUGAAUUCCUUGCUACAAAGUUCAAUGGCACUACGGCUGUCCUUCUGUACAGACUUGAAAAUUCCCCAUUUUGUUUGUGAGCUUAAUCAACUGGUACUACUUGCCUGUAAUGACACAUUUCCUAAUGACAUGGUGAUGUACUUUGCAGCUGUACUACUGGGUGGUGGUCCUCUUGUUGGUAUCCUUUACUCUUAUUCUAAGAUAGUUUCCUCCAUACGUGCAAUCUCAUCAUCACAGGGGAAGUACAAAGCAUUCUCCACCUGUGCAUCCCACCUGUCUGUUGUUUCAUUAUUCUAUUCUACACUCUUGGGUGUGUACCUUAGUUCUUCUUUCACCCAAAACUCACACUCAACUGCACGAGCAUCAGUUAUGUACAGUGUGGUCACCCCCAUGUUGAACCCAUUCAUCUACAGUCUAAGGAAUAAGGACCUAAUGGGAGCUCUGAGAAGGCUCUUCAGAAGGAAGCCAUGAGAGAGACAUUUAUCAAGAAGUGCCUAUGGUCUGGGUAGCAAAACCAGCAUUGUAACUCUUUAAUUGAAUAGAAAAAAAAAAGAGAAUUUCAUCUUUCUACUUACUGCCUAGAGUUUUGAUCUCUUUCAACUGCUUUACUGAUUUUUUCUGUAAUAUCAUUAGUGGGUUUUUUCUUCUCUUAUACACAUUUUCCAAUUUUCCAGUAUUCUUCCCAAUAUCAUGUCAGAAGCAAUUUGUAGAUUCUCACUUAUUUUACAUAACUAUGAUGUGCUAGUACUAUGGAAUAAACUACAAUUAAUGAAGUCCACGAUGUAAUCUUAAUAUAGAAGAAGUUCUAUAACUUGUUUUUACCGGUUUUCUGUUUACCUCUUUAUAUUGUUGUCUUAACUAUUCUUAUAGUCUAGACUUCAAUCUUGUAAUAAUAUGCAUUUGUGUAAGUUCAUAAUCCUGAUUAGGGCACUAUUUCUAUAUUCAAUUUCUUGUUCAUAAGCCCAUUCUGCUUUUUGGUACAGAAUUCUAGUAUGAUAAUAUAAAAUAUGCCUUGCAAGUGUACUGGUACCAUUUGCCUGCCAUAGUGCCUGUUUUAAUGAUAUUGCCAUGUACUUUGCAGCUGUCCUGAUAAGCAGUUGUCCCAUUGUUGGUAUAAUUUACUCUUAUUCUGGAAUAGUUUUAUUGUUCAAAAAAUCUUUUAUACAGAAAGAUAAAUUUGUAAAAAUUAAUUGUCUUAAUGUGGAUUCCAAGUCAGAAAAGACAUUCCAUAUAGAAAUAUUUAAUCAUACAUUAAAAUUUCAGUAAUGUGCUUUCCAUAAAAUAUCCAAUAUAUUAUGUAUGUCUGUUUGUCUAAAUGUUAAACCUCAGUAUCAAACAUAAAGACAUUUAUUAAAUAGCCUGAAAUGACAGAUACAUGUGAAA